CGUUUCCAACAGACAAGUCAGUCGUACGGUAACUUUCAAGUGAGGUGGAUCGUUUUAGCGCGGUUAGUAGAGACUCCAAACGGCAUGGAUAGAUGAACUUUUAUUAUUUUUGUGUACCUCUACCUGCCUCUGCGUACUACCACACAUUUUAGUGCGAACACCAACCAACCAACAACCAAUCCGCCAGCCAGCAAGCAAGCCAAGACACCACCAAACACCUCGUUCGCCCCCACAAAGCAACAGUAAAUAUACGCGUGUAUGUAUUCAUGUGUACACACACACGAAAUAGAAAAUACCACAGCAGGAGCAGUAGUUGGUACAUACAAACAGCGCAUGAAUAUAAAAUAAUUACGUAUAUAUACAUAUAUUAGGUUUGUAGUACAUACACGCUCGCCAGUUGUUUAGUGACCUGACAGCCUCAAAAGCAGCGUGCGAGCUCAUCGAGAGCAGUCAACAGCAACAGCAAAAAGUAGAAAAGUAGCAAAAAUUUACAAAUUGGGUGUAGAGUUUUUCGGCUAACGAGCGUGUAUUAAAAAAGUGGAAUUUAUGAAAAGAAUUCACAACAACGUCAAGCAAAAUGGUGUUAUAAGUAAAUCAGAAGCAAGCAUAAACUAAAAUAUUGCAAAAGCUAAUCGCGUUUAAAACAAACUGACGGUCCACUCACGCGUUGAAAAUAUCGAAAGCAGCGAAAUAAUAUGCAUACUUGUAUGUGUGUAUGUAAUUAAAAGGUACAAAUUGUUUCAUGAAGAGUGCAAAGAGAUUCCGGAAAAUAAUUCACAAAUUUUUCUAAUACACAGAAGUGUUUGAAGUGGCAAGUAAUUGUAUGAAAUAGUAUACACAUACAUAUAAAAAUAGAUUAAUAAAAAGUUGUUGCACAUGCCGCAGAACGGCAUUGGCACUGGCCGAAAGUGUUAAAAACCUUAAACAAAUAUACUAAAAAUCAUAUGCAAAUAUAAACAAAAGCUAAACACGAAAAUUUAUUUGUGAAAAGCAAAAACAACUCGUUUUAAAAUUAAUUAAUAAAGAAAAUAAUUUUGUUAAUAGAAACUUACUAUUGACAAACAAAAAGUAUUAGUGACAAAAUAAAUUUUAACAAAAACUUAAAAACAACAUAGUGACGAGUUAAGUUCUAGCAAUAAAAACCAAUCCAACAAUUGUGAGUAUUGAAAAAUAAAUGAAAAACGGGCAGAAAAAUAGAAACAAAAAUUUUGUGAAAAGUGCUCUUUUAUGAAGAAUUACUGAAAAAACUCGCUUGAUUAGUGAAGUAAAAAGUGUUGAAAAGUGCAAAUUUAUUUAUAAAAAAUGUUUUAAAUUCUAAAAUAAAUAUAAUACACUUGUGUGACUUACAUACAGAACCAACUAAACGGGAAAGUGACAUAAGAAAAGCUAGAGAAAGAAUAUUUUGAAAAUUGUAAGCAUAAUUUUUACAGUAACUAAAGAUAGAUUAUGUAUAAACCUAUUUAAACAGCUGAAAUAAAAAAAAUUAAAGCAAGUCUGCGUCUGUAAAACAAAAUACACCAGUGGCAAAACAUAAAUUUAAAGUGUAUGUGCUUAAUAAAAAAUAAAUUUUACUAAAAAAAUAACAAAUUUUAUUUCUUUACACGGAUUCGUGCAGUACUCAAAUAUUUGUGUGCAAAAUUGUCGCCAAAGACGACUAUAAAAUGUUUGAUCCAUUUGUUAAAAUCAAGAAAAAGCGAAAUCUAAAUGUUGUUGAUCUCUUAGACAGUGUCGCGGGUGAACUGGAGCUGGCCGUCGCGCCGCCAGAGCAGGCGGUCAUUGAGCAGGUUAUUGCUGAAGACGCAGUGGUGGUGGUAGAAGAAGCGGAACAACAACCACAACAACAACAGCAACAGCAGCAAGUGAAGCAACAAUUGUUGCACACCAACAGAGAGCAGCGAGUGCAACAACCGCUAGAACAGCAGCAACAACAACAACAAGAUCUAGAACCGAAUGCCAAUUGUUACUGUGUAAGUGGUGCAGCAUUAAUUGGUGCAGGAGCAACAGCUGCAGGCGCAAGCGCAAGCACCAACACCGUAGCUAGCCCCGCAAUAUCGCCCACAACCACAGGCACUGUUGCCACAAUAGCAGCUGCCGCGUCGUCCGCUACAUCGCCACUCUUGGAGGCAAUUGCUAGCAGCAGCAGCAGCAGCAGCAGUAGUAGUAGUAGUAACAGUAGUGGCAGCAGCAGCAGUUGCAACAACAGUAGUAGUAGCAGUGGUGUUAGCGGUAAUAACAGUUCCCAAGUGAGUGGCAGCAGUGUGAGCCGUCAAUUGGCCAGCAGUAGCAGUGGUAGCAGCAAUAGCAACUGCAGUCGCCUGCAACAGUUGAUAUCGACGCCGCCAGUAGCAUUGCGCGGUUUGUCGUCCUACUGCAACGGCGAUUUGCAGCCGUCAGCACAACAACAGCAGCAACAACACCAGCCAACGCUAGGUCACCAACACGCGGCACAAACGGCGGCCGCUGUGCCCACAUUGCCUCAAUUACAGUUGCAAUUGCAGCAGCCAACGCUGCAUCAGCAGCAGCAGCAGCAACAAGCGCCUUCGGUGUUGCAGCAACAUUUGGGUCACCUAAAUUUCGAAAGUGGAGCAUCGAAUGUGAGCGCCAGCAGUAGUAGCGGCAGUAGCAACAACAACAACUGUAGCAGCAGCAGCAGCAACCUGCGAAGUAGCACAACAACGUUGCAGCGACACUUGGCCUCGCCAAGCAACAUUCUCCAGGAAGCGUUCAGCAAUAAUUUGCACAGAAUUUUAAAGCGUUCCCAUAGUUCCUCAACGUUGGCGUCCAACAACAGUAAUUCUAUUUCUCCCUCGCCAGCGUCGCCGCCAUCCUCUUCUGCGAUCUCAAAUUCCAAUUUCGCCGGCACGCCCACUUCACUAUUUGCCAGUAUUUACGGUAGCAACAAUAGUAGUAGCAGUAACAGCAGCAGCAGCAGUAACAACAACAAUAGCACUAGCCACCAAAAUCACCACCACUUGAAUAACAGUAUAAUUGCCAGUCGUCUUUUCGGCAGCAACAGUAAUAACAACAACAACAAUCCCAACCAGCACACCAACAAUCUGAAUCAGAAUAACCACAGCCACCUCCAACAACAACUCACAGCGCCAAGUAGCAGCAGCACAGCGGCCGCAGCGGCAGCCACAUCAAGCGCUGCCGCUAGUGUCUCCUCAACCCCACAGCAGCAACACACUAACAAUAGCAACAGCCACCAACAUCGCCUGCCGCAACAUAGCCACCACCGAGACCAUCAUUCCGCGCUCACCAAUUCGAUAACGAACCGCAUCAACCAAUCCAUCAGGCGGCACUUGAAUCAGCAGCAACAGCAACAACAUCACCACUUACAGCAGUACAAUCAGCAAGUGACAAAUAAUAACAACAUAACAAAUAAUACAACAAAUAACCACCGAAUACAACAACAACAGCAACAGCCUAUUCCUCAACACGCACGUUUCCCACAACAACAACAACAAAACAAUCACCAUUUACAACAUCACUUGCAACAAUCAAACCAUCAACAACAACAACAGCAUCAUCAAAACAGUGGCAGCAGCAGCAGCAACAACCAACAACUGCAGCAACACCAACACCAUCAUCAUCAUCACCAGCAGAACCAUCAUCAAAACCAACAACAGCAACAACAAUCUCCUCUGUGCCUAGUAUUAUUAGUUAAAUGUCCGAAUUCUAAGGAAUUUUGUAACGCCGCCGCCGCCAACGCCGUCGCUGCAGCCGCACAUUUCUGUGAUAAUAAAAGAUUGCCGGUGAACGAAUGUCAGGCAAUUCAAGCCGCUAGAGUGACAUCUAACCUGAGCGCAUCGAGUAGUACAAUGGCGGUCAGUCGAGUACCAUCGCCACCUCUGCAGGAAGUAAAUACGCCCGUAGCUGAAAAUUGGUGUUACACACAGGUGAAAGUGGUGAAAUUCAGUUACAUGUGGACCAUAAAUAACUUUAGUUUUUGUCGCGAGGAAAUGGGUGAGGUACUGAAAUCGUCCACAUUCUCCGCCGGUGCUAGUGAUAAACUGAAAUGGUGUUUACGCGUCAAUCCAAAAGGUCUCGAUGAGGAAAGCAAAGACUACCUGUCGUUAUAUUUAUUAUUAGUUUCGUGUAAUAAAUCAGAAGUUAGAGCCAAAUUUAAAUUUUCCAUACUGAAUGCGAAAAGGGAAGAAACCAAAGCCAUGGAAUCGCAGAGAGCUUACCGUUUUGUACAAGGCAAAGAUUGGGGCUUCAAAAAGUUCAUAAGACGAGAUUUUCUGCUAGAUGAGGCCAACGGUCUGCUGCCCGAGGACAAAUUAACCAUAUUCUGUGAAGUUAGCGUUGUAGCUGAUAGUGUGAAUAUCUCUGGUCAAUCAAAUAUUGUACAAUUCAAAGUACCCGAAUGUCGAUUAUCCGAGGAUUUGGGUGCAUUAUUUGAUAAUGAGAAAUUCAGUGAUGUUACGUUGGCGGUGGCCGGACGAGAAUUUCAAGCGCAUAAAGCUAUUUUGGCAGCACGUAGUGAAGUCUUUAAUGCUAUGUUCGAGCACGAAAUGGAGGAACGCAAAUUAAAUCGUGUCGAUAUACACGACGUCGAUCACGAAGUCCUGCGCGAAAUGCUGCGUUUCAUCUACACAGGCAAAGCGCCAAAUUUAGAAAAAAUGGCAGAUGAUCUCCUAGCCGCUGCUGACAAGUAUGCCCUCGAAAAGCUGAAAGUGAUGUGUGAAGAGGCGCUUUGCCUUAAUCUCUCCGUGGAAACCGCGGCGGAAACUUUAAUAUUAGCCGAUCUCCAUAGUGCGGACCAGUUGAAAGCACAAACCAUAGAUUUCAUAAAUACUCACGCCACCGAUGUGAUGGAAACGGCCGGCUGGCAGAGUAUGAUCGCGACACAUUCACACUUGAUUGCGGAGGCAUUUCGUGCGCUUGCCACACAACAAAUCCCACCAAUUGGACCACCAAGGAAGCGUGUAAAAAUGAGCUGAAAUCGCAAUGGUGCAUACAAUAAUAAAUUUAAUUAUAAUAACAAAUAUAACAACAAAUACAGUAACAACAACAAUACAUAUAAUCACAACAACAAACAUAAUUUUAAUUAUAAAAUAAACCACAACAACAAAAACAAUAGUAAAAACAAACGAAGCAGCAGCAACAGCAACGCAAAAUUCAGCAACAACAACAACCAGAAUGCGUACCAACACCAGAAAUGCUCCCAGCAGAUGCAAAACAACAACAAGAACAGCAGCGAAGGACGUCAACUCAGUUUACAAAUCAUCAGAUGCAACUCUCACAGCAAUAAGCAACCACUAAUGUCCGAACAGGGCUCUAAAGUGCCGUACAACAGCAAAAACAAUUGCGUAACGUACGGCUUUUCAAGGACACAACGUGCGCAUGCCUCUAAUAGCAGUAUUUUGGUGGUUGGUAAGCUGGGAAACAACAACAAACAGAUAGGAACUAAUCACAGAAAUUACAACAACAGCAGCAACAUUAUAUUUGAUGUGAUAAUGAAAAGUGGAAAAAAUAGCAACAGCAAUAAGUAUAACAACUGCAACAGCAACAAGAGCAUUGACAGUUGUAGCCAGCAGAAUAUUGUGCGCCGAUCGCGGUCAUGCGUAGGUUAUGCUGGCGCGCAACAGCUGGUACAGGUGGAGAAACGCAUGCCACACAUAAACGCAGUUUUAAAGCAGCUUUACGCAGGCGCCGCAAUGAAGGCAAGCAGGCGCAUCCAGCAUUUGUUAUAUGCAGCUAUAGCGAUGCUAACAACAACAAUAAAAGCAAGUGUCCUCACUUUAGCUGCUAAGUUAGCUGUUGCAAAGUACAUACACGCCAAUUUCAUAUACAGCCAUGAACAUAUAAAUGAGUAUAGGCACUCUCGCCCGCUUUGCUUAGUGAAUUAGCAACAAUAAUUUUAUUUUUAUUUUUACGAAAUACACAAUUAAAUAUUUCAAUUGAAAUUAUAUACGAAGAAAAAGUAGUGCUAUCAAGGCGAAAGCAUAAAUACACAUGGAAAGCAUUAAAUUUAAUUAACAGUGUGCCGGCAAAGUUAUUGUACAACUACUUAUUUGCUUUUUGUGUGCAAUUUGUAUUUACGUUUUGCUGUUGUAACCAUGCGCAAUGUUGUUGAACUAUUUCCUGUCAAAAGAUAAGUGUUCACAAAAGCUUCAAUAUUUAAAUUUUGCUAAAAAUCAUUUUUGAAAUCGUACUUUUUCAAAGACAGGCACCUAAAACUCAAAAUAAACACAAAUUUUAUUAAAAAAAAAUAAUCAUUAACAGUCUUUACUUAUACUUUAAUUAUGCAACCAUUUGUAAUUCGGGUUGAGCCAGCAACAACAACUACAACAAUUGAAGCUACAACUAAAAAAAAUUGGGAAUUUCUGUGAAAUUUAUCCAAAGCGUGCACUAACUUACAUAUGUUUUAAGCGUGGCUGCAGCCACAACAACAAAAAAUUCGACAUUCGUAUAACAGUAUAUAACCAAGGAAAUGUAAAUCGCUUAACUGUUUGCUUUGAAAAAUUAGUUUCCACUAUUUUUAAUCUUGACUUGAUGAUACUUUAGAAAAUUGAACAAAACUACCAAAACACACAAACAAAAAUUAUAAAUCCAAAAAACGAACGAAUUGAUGAGUAUGUGUAUAAGACAAAAAUUUUUGUAAAAUCGAUGUAAACUUCUUGAGCUUUUCUUCUCUAUUCUUAUUUUUAAUUUUAAUUAUGUUUUAUGGAAAUAAUAGUGUUUACGAAAAACCAAAACCACGAAAAAUUGCUUUUGAUGUGCAUAUAAGUAUAAAACGCAGAAAACUAAAUUAAUUUAUAUUAUAUUUAACAAUUAAUGCGAAAGUAAAUGAUAAAUAAAAUAAUAAAAUAAAAAUGUAUGUACGCACGGCAAAAGCAUGAAAUGCGCAAACAAAAACCAAAAAAUUAUAAAGCGUAUUUUUUUUUACACACAGUACUUUUUUUAAUAUUUCCCCUACGAUCCACUUAUUUUUGCGAAAUUCGAUUUAUAUGUUGUUUAUUGGCGUAAACUCGUGCGUAUGUAUGUGUGUUUUCGAAAGGCCAAAAGGCCGUAAAAGGUUUUAUAACUCUAUAGAAAGUGUUGGGCAAGUAGAGGGGUGCACAAAUUUUGAGAUUGAAUGUGAAAAUGUAGGAAUAAGAAAACAAUUAAUGUCGGAGCAUAUGAAAUGCUAACAAUUGCACAUAGGAAGUCAGGGAGUUUUUCACACUCACACUCUUGCAUAAAUGCUUUUCGACGAAAGAAGCUAAAUUAAUGUGAAAUGCUUUUAUUUUUCUUACGUGGCAGGACUCAGAAGCUCAGAAGGAGUCCAUAUUUUUGUUGUGGAAUGUAUUUUUCAUAGUCUCACUUUGUUGACUGCUGUUCCACAGUUGACUGUCUAAAAAUUUCAAUCUUUUGCAAAUAGUUACUAGUACUUAUAAAAAAGUAUAACCAUAAUUUUUUAAAUGCGCCUAUUAAAAAAAAGGAACAAAACAUGUUUUAUAAUCACACAAUCGUACGAAAACUUUAUGAAUAUUAAAAAAUUAAAACUCAAUAUCAUAAUUGUUACAUGGGAGAAUUUGUUUACUGUUAUAAAUGUUUUUUUUUUUUUGCGCGGCGAUUUUUUUUGUUUGUUUGUUUUUUGUGUGUUUUUCUGCUUUGAUACAUUUUUUGAGCAAAAGCUUUAAUUAAUUGUUUUUGUACUUUUAUUGCUUACUUUAAUUAUUUUUCCCUUGUUAAUAUUUUUUUAUUUUUAAAUUUUUUUCUUAUGUGAAUAUUUUCUACUUAAAUUUUUUAAUAUAAACUCAAAUUUACUUUCCCCCAAGCGCCACAAAUCUUCUGCAUUCCCUUAAAAGAGUUACGAAAAGCAAAAAUAAACACAACAACAACAAACACUUUGAUCGAAAUGCCUUAUUCUCCACAACUCGAACUAAAUAUUUAUAUGUUUUAUGUAUGUUAGUUUGCAAAUUGUGAUGUAUUUUUAUGAAUGUAAUAAAAUAAAUUAAUUAAUAAAGAGAAGCAGCCAAGAGAAAUGAAACAAAAGUGAAAACGAGAAUUUUUGUUGGAAAGUAAACACAACAUUUUUUGGUUAACAAAAAAAUAUCGAAAUCGAAGAAUAAGAGUACAGUAAAUAAAACAACAACAAAGUGAUAUAAAUGUGUAGGCAAUCUUUUUCAUAAAACAAACAACAACAAAAGCAUUAAUAACAAGUAAAUCCAAAAACAGGCUAAACAUCUAGUUUAGUGUUAUAAGCAUUUUGUAAAUUCGAUUGAAAGCGUGCAAAAUAAAGAUGAACUCAAAAAGAAUUGGAAAUUUGAAAUUGAAAUAUUAAAAAAAAAAUCAAUUAUAUAUAAUAUUGUGUAAAUGUUGCAAAGUUUAAAAUAGCGCUUCUUAGCAAGUCAUUCACAGCUUCAAAAAUGUUUCUUAUAAAUUCAGAAAAGUUGUUUUUUUAAAUUUCAGUAAUUACAUUAUUAGAAAAAAUAAAAAUAUAUUUUUAAAACACGUACAAUAUUAAAAAGUAAUUAAAAACAGUUUCUUUUUCAAAAUAAAAUAGGUUUUAAUAAAGAAGAUCGUUAGUAAUGAAAUUUUGCAGCUGGAUGUUAGAAUUGAAAAAAAAACUAAAAUUUGUUAAGCAUAAAAUUUUCUAUUUUUUAUAUUUGUAAUGAAGAAAAUUUUUUUAGUAAUAAUUGCUUAUAAUUUAUGUUCAUAAAAAAGCCAACUAUGAGUUUUCGAACGCAUUUUCGAACAAUAAGAAAUACAAAAUAUGUUGCUUUGAAAUUUGUUUUUUUUUUACUUUUCGUUGUUAAUAUUUACUUAGCUUUAUGUAAAAUAAAGCUUUUCGGCUUACGCGGUUUUCUACGCCAGUAAAGAAGAAAUUAAGUUUUUCCCUUUUUUUUUUGUUAAUUUGUUAUUCAUUAUUAUUUUUUUUCGUUUAGACUAAAACAUUUUUUAAUUACUAAUUAUUAUUAAUUUUGGUUUAAUUUAAAUUAACUUUGGUUAUUAUAAUAUUUUUUUAUGUAUAACAUUUUUUGUUUAAUUUAAAUUAAUUUUUUUUAUUAAAAUAUUUUUUUUUUCACCAAAAUUUUCUACAUCAAUUUUUCUUAUUUACCAUACACAUAUAAAUCUUAAUAAGCACCACCAGAACCAAUCAACAAUACUUAUGAAACCAAAAUCAGAAACAAAUAAAUUUUUAAGCAUAAAAAGUUCUUGUAGCGGAAAAGGAAUUUUUAGAAAUUACAAUACAAAAAAAAAAUUUAUAAACAAAAAUAUGAUAAUUUUUUAGCGUUGAAUUAAAUGUGUGUGCGCCGGUAACGGUUUUUUCCACUUGACUUAUAGUAGCGAAACAGAAAAAAACAAAAACAAAAAAUUGCAUGCUAGUUAUAAACCAAUAGAAAUUUCGCGAAAUUAAUUCAAAACAUAGAGAACAAAAGCAUAUUGAAAAUUAGUGCAGAUAAAAGUAAAAAUGAAAAUGUUGCAAACACGUCAGAGCGGCAAAGAGAGUAUAAGUAAACUGACAUUAAAGCGUGAUUAAAUAUAAAGAAAAAUUUAAAAGUAAAUAAAAUUUGCUAAAACCAAACAAAAACAAAAGAAAAAACACACACGUUGUUGUUAUAUAAAAACGGUAUUUUUAAAUGCUCUACAAUAAAAACAAAAAUUAACAAAUAAAAUAUUAAGAAAAAUAUUGAAAAAAACAAAAAAAUGUAAAAUAAUAAAAUAAAAACUCAAAAAUAAACUUUGCAAAGAGAAAACAAACAUUACAACUUUAAAUUUACUACAAAAAUUAUUGCAAAAAAUUACAAAUUUAAAUUUUAACUGCAAAAGUGGACAGUGUAAAGGGAAAAGUGUGAAAACGCAUAAUACACUAUGCAACAUUUAUAAUUUUUUUCUGUCUACAUUUAAUUAAAUUUAAGUAAUUUUAUGUUUAUUAUUAAAUAUAAUUUUAUUAACAUUAUUACAAAUUUAUUAUUAUUAUUAUUAUUAUUUACUACUACUAUUACAUAUAUAAUUAGUUUUAAAUACAAAUAAGUGAAUAUAUAAAAUAAAUUUGCUGCAAUUCAAUAUUUUUCGCUCUUUUUUACACUCUGAAAUUUAACAAAAUAAUUUUUUUUUUCGUUUUAAUUGCUACAAUCAAUAUUAAUUAAAUUAAAUUAAUUUUUAUUUAAAUAAAUUAAAUUAAUUUUUAAUAAAUCUUUUGAUUAAUUAAAUUAAAUUAAUUUGUUAAUCAACAUAAAUUUUACUUUGCAUUCUAAUAUUUUCUCUUUAUCUUAACCUUCUUCUACUUGUUUUUUGCGCUCAAUUUCUACUAAAUCACUUUAGUUGUAAAAUAUGCAGAAAUGUCAAAGUUAAAAUUAAGUGAAAAAGAGACCACCAUUUAAAUGUUAAUGAAACACAGUUGAUAACACUAUUAAUGAUAAAUUUAAUUAAUAAUUAAUAAAUAAAAAUAUGCGGAAUUUUAAAUAAAAGUUAUUAACACAUAGCACUUGUAAUUAUAUGUAAUUUGUAGUUGUACGCACAUUUUGCGCCCGAAACUCAUAAAAUUUUAAUUUUAGUUUUUAAAUUUUGUUUGUAGCUCUAAUUUUGUUUCUAAUUUUAAGCAAAGUAAUUUAAUUUUGUUUUUUUUUUAUUGCAAUGCAUACUUUUUGAAUUUGCUUCGCAUAGUGUAAGCCAGGAAAAAGCAGUAAAAAUAAUGAAAACACAAAAAAUAAACAAAAAAGCAAAAAAUUGAGAAAAAAAAUAA